UCGCGGUGAGGAGCGUCGAUAGGGGCCGCGGCGCGUCCUUCUGCGGAGCGUCAGUGCGGCACGAUGUUCAACAGCCUCCUGACACAGAUCGACGACGAGCGCUUCUUCGCCGACCCGUUCCAGGUGCAUCAUGAGCGCCAGCGGCAGAUGAUGAGGGGUUUCUCUGACCCCUUCGGUCAGGGCUUCAUGCCCAGCAUCACAGACGGACGUCACAGGGGUCACAGGGCCGCGGCUCAACCCAACACCAGCCCGAACGCCCGCAGCGACCCAGAGCUGGAUUUCUUUAACAAUCCUUUCGCUAUGAUGGACAGCAUGAGGAACAGGAUGGAGGCCAUGCAUAGAAAUGUAGAGAACAUGGCGUCAGACCCCAACAGCCACUCGUAUUCCUCUUCCUCCGUCAUGACGUACUCUAAGAUGGGAGACGAGCCGGCCAAAGUCUUCCAGGCCUCGUCUCAGACGCGCUGUGCUCCUGGAGGAAUAAAGGAGACCAGGAGGAGUCUGAAGGACUCUGAGAGCGGACUGCAGAAGAUGUCCAUCGCCCAUCACAUCCAGGACAGAGGCCACGUCAUCGAGAGGAAAGAGAAUGGGAAAACCGGAGAGAAGGAGCUCAACCAGGACUUCCAGAACAUGGAUGAAAGUGAGGAAGCAUUUAAAGAGACAAACACCAGUUUCGCAGCAGUGAAAAACGCUUUCAGUGCAUGCUCUUUUACUAUUUUCUUUUACUGCACAAGUGUGUUUAACUAA